AUGACCGAGACUAGCGUCGAGGAACUUCUCAGGUAUGCGGAAGAAUUGAAGGGCGAAGGGAACGACCAUUUUCGAGCUCGAAGGUGGGAAGACGCGUUGGCCGCCUAUCGCUCCGCUCUUGGCAGACUUCCCAAACACAAGCCUAUCCCAAAGUCAGAGCGGAAUGUAGACAUAGAUGAACUCUCGCCAGACCCCAAUUCUUCUGGUCAAAGUUCGAACGAAAGUCCAGUAAGGAAUGAGGUCGAUGAAACGCCCCUCACGGAGGAAGAAAUGCAGGUAGCCAAAGCUCGGUCCGUGUUGAAUGCCAACAUUGGUGCUUGUUAUGUCAAGUUGGGCGAACAUAAAGAAACCGUGAAUGCUUGUACUGCAGCCCUUCUCGAUGAUCCACAUUAUGUCAAGGCGUUACAACGACGUGCGGCUUCAAACGAACAACUAAAUACAUGGUCAUCAUUGUCCUCUGCACGGGAAGAUUAUAACACGCUGCUUAGUAUUCUUCCAAAAUCUUCAAAGGAUUCAAAGGAAGUUCAGCGGUUACUUCGACUCUUACAGCCUCGACUAGAGGUAGCCCAGAAACAAGAAACUGCAGAGAUGCUGGACAAAUUGAAAGGCCUAGGGAAUAAUAUCUUGGGUAAUUUUGGUUUAUCGACUGACAACUUCAAGUUUAUUCCGAAUGGACAGGGUGGAUAUUCGAUGAAUUUCAGCCAGUAA